AGUGUGCAGAGGAAAACCAAUUGCAUCAGUAUUAUUAAGCUCUUUAUCUCCCUCUUACUCACUCUGCUGCAAGCAGAGAUGUUAUUGACUAGCACAAAUACUCUCAAAAUUUCCUCACAAAGGAAAGAAUGGGAGGCCAAAGAUCUAACAGGCAUGUUUCAUGGACAAGUCAAUGGAAGAGUGAAGAUUCCUGCAUCAGAUAGAGAAGGGCCAAUGAGUUCGAGUAUUAAGGAAAUGUUGAACAACGUUGAGUUAUCUGUUUCCUCAUAUGAUACAGCAUGGGCUGCAAUGGUGCCCGCCUUGGAUUCUUCAAAACAACCUCUUUUCCCAAAGUACUUAAGUUGGGUGAUGGAGAAUCAAAAGUCAGAUGGAUCAUGGGGUCUUGAUCUAAACCAUCCAUUGUUAAUUAAAGACUCACUUUCUUCCACUUUGGCUUGUGUUCUUGCCCUUCAAAGAUGGAAUGUCGGCCAACAGCUUGUACAUAAAGGUUUGGACUUUAUCGGGUCUAAUAUUUGGGCUGCAACUGAUGAUCGCCAACAUUCGCCAACUGGGUUUAAUAUGAUAUUUCCAAGCAUGAUUGAGUGUGGCACCAACAUGGGCUUGAAUCUUCCUCUGAACCCAUCUUCAAUAGAGGCAAUGCUUAUCAAGAGAGAUUUAGAAACUGAAAGUCUCAAGGGUACAAGCAAUCUAGCAUAUGUUGCAGAAGGAUUAACUAGAUUAGAUGAUUGGAAGGAUGUAAUGAAAUAUCAAAGGAGUAAUGGAUCAUUCUUCAAUUCACCAUCUUCAACAGCUGCUGCUUUCAUACACCUUCGCGAUGAAAAAUGCUUCGACUACUUGAACUCACUAUCAAAAAGAUUCGAAAAUGCAGUUCCUACAAUUUAUCCUUUUGAUAUUUUUACCCGUGUUUCCAUACUCGACAUCUUGGAAAAAUUAGGAAUUGAUAGAUAUAUCAGCAAAGAUAAAGAAAGAACACUGGAUGAUUUACACAGAUGCUGGAUGAAGGGCAGUGAUGAAAUAUUUUUAGACCCUACAUGUUCUGCCAUGGCAUUUCGCCUCUUGCGGACAAAUGGAUAUGCAAUUUCUUCAGAUGCCUUAUCAAAGUUUGAGGAACAAAAACAUUUGUACAAUCCAAAAGACAUCAAGUGUGUACUGGAGUUAUUUAAGGCUUCACAGAUGGCAAUAUUCCAGAAUGAGCCUACUCUUGAUAGAAUUUAUGCUUGGACAAGCACUUAUCUUAAAGAGAAGUUAUUGAAAGGAGUAAUUUCAGACAAAAGUUUACGAGAAGAGGUAGAUUUUGUACUGAAACACCCUCAUGCUAGAUUGGAGCGAAUUGAGAACAGAAAAUUCAUUGAGAGUUACAAUGUUGAUAAUGUCUCACUUACGAAAACAUCUUACAGAUUUUGCAAUGUUGAUGAGAGGUAUCUCUUGACAUUUGCAUGCCAAGAUUUUAAUAUCUGCCAGUUCAUGCAUCAAAAAGAACUUGACGAUCUCGAAAGAUGGGUCAUCGAACGUAGACUUAGUGAUCUGAAGUAUGCAAGGCAGAAGGUUAAAUACGCAUAUUUUGCCAUUGCGUGCCGCCUUUUUCAACCCGAUUUCUUGGAUGCUCGCAUUUCUUGGGUUCAAAAUUCUGUCAUAUUAACUGUGGUUGAUGAUUUCUUUGAAGUUGGUGGUUCUCUGGAAGCAUUAUCAAAUUUAAUUGAAUUAGUUGAAAGAUGGGAUGAGCACUUAACUGUUGGCUACAAAUCUGAAGAAGUAAAGAUACUCUUUCAUGCAAUCUAUGACACAAUCAAUGAUCUUGCUGAUAAGGCUUACAGAAAACAAGGACGAUGCGUCAAGAGGCACCUAGUUGACACAUGGCUCAUCUAUCUGAAGUCCGUGCUGAAGGAGGCCGAGUGGGUGACAAACAAGACAGUGACAACAAUGGAUGAAUACAUAUCAAAUGGUUACAUAUCUGCUGGCUCAGGACCUAUCAUUUUCUCAUCACUUUACUUUCUAGAGGUAUUGUCUGAGGAAAUUGUGAACAGUGAAGAAUACAAAAAUCUGUAUAUGCAUACAAGCAUGAUUUGCCGACUUCUGAACGAUCGUGUACAAGCUAAGAGUGAUGGUGCACAAGGUAAACAGAACAGUGUGUCUUUACAAGUGAUUCAUGGUAAUGGUAUCAUAACUGAAGAAGAGGCUGUAAAAGAGGUAACACGAAUGAUCGAGUAUCAUAGAAGAGAGCUGCUAAGAAUGGUGGUGGAAACAGAGGGAAGCAUUGUUCCUAAAGCUUGCAAAGAUGUAUUUUGGUUGAUGAGCAGGAUCUUGCACCUUUUCUACAUGAGUGACGAUGGCUAUUCAUCUCCAACCAAGAUGAUUCAUGCAGCGGAUGCAAUUAUAAACGAACCAAUCAUUGUGUCCCAGAAAUAGUGAAAGUUAUUAAUAAGGAAAAUUAUUUACAAACUAUAGAGAAGGGUUUCUGACAGCCCCAAGAUGGCCGUGGCACCUGUGGGAAAAGAGAGAAAGCAGAGUCCUUGAGAGAAAAACAUGCGAGAAAGCAAUCUAACAUUGAAUUUGUAUUAAUGUUUUUAAUUAUCUUUCAGUUAUUUGAUAUAAUAGUUAUCUAUAUAUAUAUAAUGUUGGGAAAAUGAUAUAAAUUGUCAUCCUACUUUGUAUUUA